CAGUUGGAUGGGACCAGCAAAGUUUUAAAGGUUUGGAACAAAACCGACGAAGAGCCCAUUGAUUAAUACCGGUUCUACGCUCUCCAGUCUUUGAUUUGCAGGCAGCUGACCUUGUCCCCGCUGAUCACCAACUGAUCAGUUCAUCCAACUAUCCAGGUAAUUAAUUGAAGUGCUGAGCAAAUAUGGCAGAAUUAAGCCUGGGUGUUCUUAUAGAUGUCGUGGACGAGGAAUGGAUGAGAGACACAUUGCCUGAUGAUGAUCUCCCACUUCCACCAGUGCUGGUUGUUCGUACUGAUGACGGUGAAGAUUCAAAUCAGGAGACUCAACAGGUUAAUGGAGAUACUUGGCAUGACCUUGCAUUAGGCAAUCAGUGAACCAUUCUGGCCCUGAGGGAAGUUGGUGUGCAGUGGAAGCAGCGGAAAUCUAUUGGAAACUUUGUUAUGGGAUGUGUAUCAGUUUCAUGAAUCUAAUAUGUAAUUGAUUUGAAGUAGCCUCAGUUUCACAUCGUCCUAGUCCUUUCUUAAGCUCUGUUGAACUUGCAGUUGGAUUUUGAAUGUGUGAUAGAGGUGUAUCUAUUUGUGUGUUUAAAUAUAAAUUGCUCUUCGUUUGAAUGUU